CUCUCGCUAUUGAAAGGGUUUUUGGCGAACCAGAGGCGGAGCACUGGAAAUCUCCACUUUCUUCUUCCUCUCUGUUCCCAGCUCCAUACGAGAUUCUUCCAAUGGGAAGUAACGCCGCCGCCGCCGAUAAAAUGGAGGAGGAUCUCCGAAAGGAGAUCGAUGAGCUUCAACGUCAACAACGGGAGAUUACAGAACGGCUUCGUGAUCCUCGCGGACUCCGGAGAGGGGGCUUUCCGGGACCUGGGCCGAGAAGUUUCGUCCCUAAUGGACCUCGUCGGGGAUUUCUUCGACCUGCGGAAAGGAUCGAUGCUGAAGACCAGCCUCCUGCUAAGCGGCGACUAUCAUCUGCUGUUGUUAAGAUGGAGGAGGAUGGGGAGAUAAAUGAAGAAGCCGAUGGGAAGGAUGCAAUGAAGGAUACAUCACGGGAAGAAACUUCAGUGAGUGAUACAGCCUACCAGAACGAUGGGAAACAAAAUCAUUUGCGGCAGAGUGGUUCAUUUAAUAGAGUGGAUGGAAAUAAAAGAGCAGCUAGGAUGGAUUUCGAAGUUCCAGCUGCAGAGCACAUUCCAAGGGUGCUGCCUAAGAAUGAGGAUCCUAGCUUAGUUAGCAGGAACAAGAGAAUGCUGGGUCAGCUUUUGGGAACAUUAGAGAAAUUCAGGAAAGAAGAUAAGCAACUUUCAGGAAGUGAAGCUUUCAUGAAAAGAUCUGAUUCCUUGCAAAGAGCUGAGCAAAGAGCACGAGAGGAAAGUGAAAGAUUGAGGCAACAAGAGCGUGAGCAAAUUGCAGAGAAACGGAAAAGAGAUCUGAUGCUCAGAGCUCGCGUGGCUGCCAAGGCAGAAGAGAAGAAGUUGGAAUUACUUUUUCUUCGAUGGAGCGAGCACCAUAAGAAACUUAGCAAUUUUAUAAGGACAAAGACUGAACCUUCAAUUCAUUACUUGCCAAAUAAACCAUUGGACGAGGAUGCAACCUUGGUUGAGCAGCGAAAAGAGGAGGCUUUUGCGGAAUGGAAAGCCUCCAGAAGGGAGGAGUUAUCCGAAUAUCAGAAACAGAUUGGAGAACAGUAUAUUGCAAAUGUCGAGAAAGACUUGGAGAGGUGGCAGAAUGCAAGGAGAGCAAGAAAAGGAAAUAAUGAUGUAUCAAAUUUGCAGGAAACCAUGGACAAAGAAUUGGACACCCAUAGACUUGAGCAUGGUCCCAAGAAAAGGAACAUCCCAGGUGGUAGCAACAAUGAGGACGAGGACGAUGUGGAAGAUAUUAACGCUGGAGAAGACGACAUGAUAGACGACGUACUUGGUGUCGAAGAUAAUGGACGCAGAGGCGAGGAAGCAGCGAAACCCGAAGCUGAUGGCGGCGCGAGCCCAAAUGCUGAUAAUACUGUGCAGUAGAAGUAAGUACUUAAUUUGAUUUCAUGAAGUAGUCCUGUGUUUGUGGUUGUACCUGUUCUGAUUUGUCUUACUAGUUUUAGUCUUCUUGCUAUUUGAAAUAUUGUUUGUGUUUGUUAGUUGGGUACAAUGGGCUCCACACACUCUCUCUCUCUCUCUCUACACUUUUUUCACAGCCUUCAUAGAAUUUGUAGGAUGCUCUUGUCAUAUCACCAGGAUUGUCUCAAGCAUGACUUGCAAAGCCUCAACUUGUUUGGACUUUCAAGUCAUGAAAUCAGAACUUAUGUUGCCAUUUUUCUUCCUAUAGAAUAUUAUUUUUGCCCUUUCCUUUUUA